AUGCGUUCCUCCGCCAUCAUCCUCGUUGCCCUGGCGGCCACAUCGACUUCGGCCUUCGACAUCUGGCCUCGCACAUCAUCCAAAUGCCCUUCCGUUUGGACCAAGGUUGCCUCCGAACUUCAAUCCGACUUUGCUGGCUGUGGCGCGGAUGCCCAUGGAGCUAUCCGUGCUCCCUUUCACGACUGCAUCAACAACGGCUGUGACGGUAGUCUCAUCCUCACAGACGAAUGCUCACGAUCCGAAAACGCCGGCCUCUCUGCUAUCUGCAAGAAGCUUAAGGGGUGGAGCGACAAGUACAACGUCGCUGCAGCCGACAUGAUCCAAUUCGCCGCCGCAACAGCAAUCUCAGCGUGUCCGCUUGGCCCCAGGGUCCAAGCACUAGUCGGUCGCAAGGACAGCUCGAAGGCCGCAGCCGUUGGAAGCGUGCCGAGCAGUCGCGGUACCUUGAAGAACAUCUUGGGAGCGUUCAGUGCGAAGGGUUUCUCAGCCGAUGAUGUCGUUGCACUCAUGGGCACGCAUAGUGUGGCACUACAGUUCAACGAUGACCCGUCGCAAGCCGGCAAAAGUCUAGACUCUACACCUGGCACAUACGACAAUACCUUCUACAAGGAGACUAAGGAUGGCACAGCGCCAUACAGUCUGCAAAGUGAUGUUCUCCUCUCGAACUCAUCUCAGACAGCACACACAUGGUCUUCUUUCGCUGAUGACGCUGAUGCCUGGACCAGCGCAUUCACAGAAGUGUGGAACCGAUUUGCUGUUAUCGGGAGUGACGCGAGUAAGCUCCAGGAUUGCUCAAGCUUGAUCCCCAGUAGCAGCGUGAGCAAGAGGAGGCAGGCAUUCAAUGCGAGGUUCACGAAGAUGAUGAGCGCCAAGUUCAGGUUGUGA